UGGUGGCAACGCAAUUUUAAACACCCUAUACAAAAAUUCCUCCCUCACACAACUAAAUCUCUCUACUAACAAACUUAACGACCAAAAUUAUACCACGCUAGCAAAAAUACUUCGAAAAAACACCACCCUUAUCUCUCUAGAUCUAAACUACAACAAAUUAGGUGGGAACGGAUCCUUUGUUGCCAAUUCACUUGGUGAAAACAAAAGCUUAGAAUUUUUAGGCCUUCACCAAAAUAGCUUUUCACCUACCAUCGUCGAAUCAUUUUUAGAGAGGCUCAAUUUAAAUACUACUCUAAUCCAAUUGGAUCUUUCACGUAUCCUUGAUGAUAACCAAAUUGUCAAAAUCCAAAAAGAAGAAAAAUACUUACCAAUUCUCACCCGAAUUCUUUUUAAAGAUUAUAGUUUAUAA